GUCAAGAACGGGAUCCAAAAUUAAAUGAAAGUUUCGAAGUGGAUUUAAGAAUUAAUAGUUUAGAAUUACCCGAUUUACUUGAAGUUACAGCAAUUGAAUCAGAUGUUGGUUGUACGAAAGAACCUGAUUCAGAAAUAGUAGUGCGAAAGAAUCUGAAUUAG